GCAGGAUCUAACUCUCACAUCUGUUCCUUCAUGGCAAACAUUCUGAAUAUUUACAAGAUGCCACAGCUCCUCUAUGGACCUGCCCCCCAAAAAGAAGACAAUGUACAUGCUGCAUUCUUUCAUCAAGUUUUCCCAGAUCAGAGCAUUGAGAUUAAGGGAAUUCUCAGUCUGCUCUUGUAUUUAAAAUGGAAAUGGAUUGGGCUGGUUUUUCAACGUACCGAGAGCGGGGAGAGAUUUGUACAGAAUGCCGUCACUACGUUUCCCCAGAAAGCUGCAUCACUAUCUGAAAAAACUCUCAUUUAACAACAGUGUUGGAGAUAAAAUUUAUUUUAAUGAAAAUGGGGAAUUAAGAACUGGAUUUGAUAUCAUCAACUGGAUCACAUUCCCAAACCAGACUUUUCUUAACGUCAAAGUUGGAAGGGUAGAUCCCACAGCUUCUCAAGAUAAGCUGUUCACCAUUUCUGUAGAGAACAUCACUUGGCCAGACGAGUUUAACAAGAUGCUGCCCCUUUCUGUGUGCAAUGAUAAUUGCAAUUCAGGUUACAGCAAGUUUAAAAUAGAAGGUAGACCAUUUUGUUGCUAUGAUUGCCUUCCUUGUGCAAAAGGGAAGAUCUCAAACAAGACAGAUGCAGAUGACUGUUUCUGGUGUUCAGAAGGUCAAUACCCAAAUAAAGCUCAAAAUACUUGCAUUCCAAAACAGAUCACAUUUUUGUCAUAUGAAGAAAUCUUGGGAAUCACCUUGACCAGUGUUGCUGUCUUUUUUUCUUUCUUCUCAGCCAUAGUACUUGGGAUCUUCAUUAAACAGCGGGACACUCCCAUUGUCAAAGCCAACAACCGGAACCUCACCUACAUUCUUCUCAUUGCUCUCCUCCUCUCCUUCCUUUGCACUUUGCUCUUCAUUGGGCAACCAGAUCAGGUGAAAUGUCUCUUGCAGCAAAUUGCUUUCGGCAUCAGUUUCUCUGUAGCACUUUCUUGUAUAUUGGGGAAAACAACCAUUGUUGUUCUUGCUUUCGUGGCCACCAAGCCAGGCUCCAAAAUGAGGAAAUGGGUGGGAAAAAGGCUGGCCUACAUUAUUGUCCUAUCUUGCUCUCUGGCACAAGUCAUCAUUUGCAGUGUGUGGCUGGCAAUUUCUCCUCCAUUCCCAGAUUCAGACACAUAUUCUGUAUCUGAAGAAAUUGUUCUGGAAUGUAAUGAAGGUUCAUCCAUAAUGUUUUAUACUGUCCUUGGUUUUAUGGGUUUCUUGACUGUUAUCAGUUUUACAGUGGCUUUCUUGGCUAGGAAGCUGCCUGAUAGUUUCAAUGAAGCCAAAUUUAUCACUUUUAGCAUGUUGGUGUUUUGUAGUGUCUGGAUAUCAUUUGUUCCCACCUAUUUGAGUACCAAGGGGAAAUACAUGGUGGCUGUGGAGAUCUUCUCCAUUUUGGCUUCUGCAGCUGGAUUACUGGUUUGCAUCUUUGCCCCUAAAUGCUACAUUAUUGUUCUGAGGCCUAAUCUGAACAGAAAGGAACAGCUGAUAAAGAAGCCAAACUGAUUAUUUUAGUCCACUGCACUAUACUUUUUCCAAACUGUGACAGAAACCUAUUUUUUUUUCCAUUAAUAGUUUGAUGUGAAUCUUGUAGAAGUGAUGCAAAACUAGGAUUUUUUGCUUUUAUACCAAAAAUGUGCAAGUCUAUAAUGUGACAUUUGGCAUGAGUUCUUAUGGUAUAGUUCCCUUAUAUAUCAGAUUUGAUUGCUUUUUUGACAAGUAGAGAAGUGUAUUGUGUGUAACCUAAGAGCUAUUGAAGCCUUUCACAGAGACUGUUGGAAAAUGAGGUAUGCCAAGCCAAAAAAAAGGGGGGGGGAAUAGUGGAGGAGAAAUGGGAGAAAUAAAAUUUAAGCUUGCUUUUUGUC